AUGUCAUUCUGUUCCCUUGGAAAUGUUGCAGCCAAGGAAAAAGAACCACAAGCCACCACUGGGUUUGCUUUACACGAAAAAGAUGAUCUUGAUGAUGAUUAUGUGUUGAUUGAAAAGGUUAAUUCUAAAAAUAUUCAGCCUAUGUUAGCAACACAAUCUCCAAUCAAUCAAUAUCUUCCAAACAGGAACCAAGCCAGUAAAUCCAAAGAUACCAAGAUUGAGCUGUUCAACGACUACAUAUGUAUUGAAAGACCAUACAUAAGAGGGUCUAAGUCCCAAAUUGAUCAACAAAAUAAACCAAAGAACUUGGAGAAAGGACAAAGUACACACAAUACAUCAUCAGAGCUCGAGCCAGAGAAUGUCUCAAAGGACCAACUAAAGAUCAAAGAAAAAGUUCAGGAAGAGAGACAUGAAAGUUCUUCAACACAAGAACUAAAAGCUGAAAAUAUGAAACUGGAACCAGUGGUGGGAUCAGAUACCAUGUGGUUCUGGAAUGAAGAUGAGAGAAGACUAGAGCACAUUCAAGACCCUUUGAAGAAAAUCCUUGGAGAUUACCAAAAAAUUAAUGAAGCACCAAAUAAUUUGUCCAAAAAGGAAGAAACAAUAAAUCCUACUAUGAAAUUUUUUGGUAUCAGAAUUGGGGCAAAUGUAAAUAGAUUACCACCUAAUCAUAAGGUUAAUAAGAAAUUUUCCAAAAGGUCAUAA